GACGGAGGAGAGGUAGGGUGAGAGGACAUUCCAGCCUUCCUCCUCCUCCUCCUUUCUUUUUUCCUCCUCCUUUUUUUUUUCUCCUUUUUUCCCUCCUCCUCCCCUCCUCCUUCUCCCCUCCUCCUCUUCUUUUACCUUUCCCUCCUCCUCCUUUCUUUUUUCCUCUUCCUCCUCUCCUCCUCCCUCCUUCUUUUUCUUUUUUCUCCUCCUCCCCUCCUCCUCCCCUCCUCCUCUUCUUUUACCUUUUCCUCCCCUCCUUUCUUUUUUCCUUCUCCUUUCUUUUUCCUCCUUUCUUUUUUCCUCCUCCUCCCCUUCUCCUCCUCCCCUCCUCCCCUUCUUUUACCUUUUCCUCCUCCUCCUUUCUUUUUUCCUCUUCCUCCUCUCCUCCUCCCCUCCUCCUCUUCCUUUACCUUUUCCUCCUCCUCCUUUCUUUUUUCCUCCUCCUUUCUUUUUCCUCCUUUCUUUUUUCCUUCUCCUCCCCUCCUCCUCUUCUUUUACCUCCUCCUCCUCUCCUCCUCCUCCUCCUCUUUCUAGGCGGUGACAGCAGCCAAAGGCAGCGGCGCAGCGCUCUCGCCUUCUGCCCGGCUCUCCAGCUCGGCCGCCGAUGCCAUGAAGCCUUUCAAAGCGCAGAAGAGCCCCGGAGGCCAAGAUUUGUUAGAAGACAGUGGAGAACUGGCGGACGUCCUGUGCGAGUUUGAUGCGGUGAUAGAGGACUUCUCUUCUCCCAUAAAGGAGAGGCACUUCCAAUAUGAGGAACAUCUGGAGAAGAUGAAGAGACGGAGCAGCACCAGCAUCAGUGACUCUGAGAGUGCCGACUCCCUGUGUGGACACAGCCUGAGCUUUAGCGAUGAAAAGUUACAUUCCUCUACUCCAUCCAGUCCUUCUGGUUCUUCUCCCACAAUCGCCUCUCGAAAAGCAAAACUUGGAGACACCAAAGAACUAGAAGACUUUAUUGCUGAUCUUGAUAGAGUUUUGGCAAGUAUGUGAAACACUUCAUUUUGACCUGCCUUCAAGUGGAUCAGAUUCCUGCAACCCACCAUCUAAUGGGAGAGACGCAGGAAUCCUUCUCGUCUCGGUGUUUUUCCAGCAACAGCCUCUUAUACUUUUAACACGUCAUAAUUGUGAUUUUUCUAGAGACAGAAUCAAAUAACGCAAGUGCUCAAAAAGCAUUUUUUAAAAAUGUAGCUUAACAUUAAUUUAAAAGGGCUUUUAUGAAAAGAUUGGAAAUUCUAUAUCAUUAACUUUGAAACGUUUUCAUAAUAUAUUUUUGUACGUGAAUAAAAGCUAAACUGGAACUUAAUAUAUAUAAAUAAGGAGAGAAAGAGAUUAAUUGUAUGUAUGUAUGUAUGAUGGGUGGAUGGAUGUUUGCAUAGAUGAAUUGAUGGACAGACAGAUGAAAGAUGGAUGGAUGAAGGCUAAUUAAUUGAGGAUAGGUAGCUAGAUGGUAGUAUGGGAUGAAUAGAUGGGUCAUUAAUUGAGAUAAAUGAGAAAUGAAUGCAUAGAUGGAUGGAUGGAUGUUUAAUUCCAUGGGAGGAUAGACAGAGAGAUGAUAGAUAGAAAAAGAAAUAGAUGACAGAAUAAAUGGAUAGAUGGCUGAUUGAUUAAUAGAAGGAAUUGAUAAAUGGAUGAUAAAUUAUAGUGGAUGGAUGCCUGAUUGAAAGAGAAAAUGAUAAGGCGAUUGGGAGAUAGAAUACAUGGAUAGGCAGAUAAAUGUUUAAUUGGAAGAAAAGAUGAUGGAUGGAUGGAUAGAUGGAUGAAUAGACAGAUAGAUAAAUGGCUAAUUGAUUGAAAGAGAGAGGGGGAAAUGAUUGGUAGAGAGAGAUACGGUUUAAAGGGCUAUGAACUACUUACUGUUUUGUAUUUGUGUUGUACUUUUUCCUCUAUAAACUCAUAGUAAUUAAUUCAGAAAUGGUGUAGGGUCUUCUGCUUGGGCGAGGGGUUGGACUAGAUGACCUACAAGAUCCCUUCCAACUCUGUUAAUCUAUUAAUUAGAAUAGUCUCCAUCUAAACGCUAGUCAGGAAGAGAGUUUUUCAGAUUUUGCCAGAUUAUUCCGUCCUUUUAGUUCUGGAUUUUGGCACUUGCCAGGUUUGUGAAAAUUUCGUUCUGUUUAUUAAUGUAGUAAUGGAAUGAGAUUCCUUACCUGAUAAUUGCUGUAUCUUACUCCAGGGACACCACAAUACCCACAGAAGCUUAAUUGUCUCCACAAUUAUUGCCUAAACCAUUACAUUCACAGCAAGAGCUCCCUUUUCUCUUUGAAUAAUAUUAGCAGUUUUUCAAAAAAAAAAAAAAGAAACAAAUAAAUAAAAAUAAUAAUCCUCUCCAAAAACGUGGUCCAGAAACAGCGUGCUGAAUAAAAGCUAAGCCUUGAAAACUCAAAACAUUUUCCAAUAGUAACUUAUUUCCUGAUUAUUUUUUAUGGUCCAGCACGAAAGACAGCUGUGAAUGGUAUUUACAAUAGCUUGAAGGGGGCAAAUGUUUUUAACUGGAUGUACAUAUUUCCUGCUGUGCAAUAAAUGAAUUCUUCAAAAUAA